AUGAAGUCGAACAUCGCAUUGACUCUUGUCUGCCUCGUGCUGGCAUCGCUAGCGACCGCAGCGCCUACGCCCGAGCAGCCUCUCUUCGUCUCGCGCAUGGUGCGCAGGCAGGCUGAGUCUGCUGCCGACCAGCGACUUGCCGCCUUCUGUGGCGAAUUCGCCCUCGAGGAGCCUCAAAAGCUCCAAGUGCGCUCCUACAACGACUCGGCCACCGCCUACCUUGGCAUCGCCCCCAAUGCCUCCGGAGCGCCCGAGCUCACCACCUCGGAGGAAGCCGCGCUCUUCGACUUCCAGACCUGCAACACCCAGGCCUUUACGCAGGGAUACACGCGCAACACGGGCGGAAGCAUGGGCGCCCCCCUCGAGUACUGGGGUCGAGUCGUAGCCAACGUGUCCGACACCAACAACACCACCACUCAGCGCUCGGUCUGCCUCACCGCUUCCGCUACCCCUCCCGAGAGCUCCGGCUCUUUCAGUCUGGCAAGCUGCGACGACCAGGACCCGCACCAGUGGUUCCGUCUCCAGGAAGCCAUCGGAUCGCCUUCGCUCUCCUACUUUCCGCUCAAGAACGAGUCUGGCUUCGAGUACACCGGCCAGACACCAGCUUACUUUGCCGUAGACCUUCACCCGCAGCCCUCGGUCAAGCCCGUUGUUCAGUACUCUACUGCCGACACGGAUCAGUACGUCAUCUUUGACGAUUGA